CUGAGCGUUCGGCCAUUUUGCUGUACUGUCGGCGUCGUCGAGCGCGAAGGGGGUUGACCGUGGCAUUGUGGUUCGUUUAUCAGCAUUAAAGUGACGGGAACGAUUUGCUCAACAGCUCGUAUUUAGGAUAAACAAAAGAACCAGCAGGUCCUGGAUGGGAACUUGGACACGAUGAACGGCCAAAAGUUCUGCCUGAAGUGGGACCACUUCCGCACCAGCGUCACCUCCGUCUUCAACAACUUGAGGCAGGAUGAGGAGCUGGUGGACAUCACGCUUUGCUGCGAGGGCCAGAAGAUAAAGGCUCAUCGCAUGAUGCUCUCGGCCUGCAGCCCCUAUUUCAGGGAGCUGCUUAAGGAGAACCCGUGCCAGCACCCGGUGUUCUUCCUGAAGGACACGAGCAUCGAGGACCUGCGCGCCGUGAUCGAGUUCGUGUACCGGGGCGAGGUGAACGUGUCGCAGACGCAGCUGGGCAGCUUCAUCAAGACGGCCGAGAUGCUGCAGAUCCGCGGUCUCAGCGGCGAGGAAGAUGAUGUGGCGCCGUCUCCGGCGGCGCCCGAGCGACGGCCGGCGCCGCUGUACCCGGCCGACAAACGGCGCCGUCUCUCCGAGCCGCCGGCCGCCAAGAUCAAGGUGGAGAAGGUGGACCUGACCGAGGACGAGGACUGCGGCAGCCUGGAGGCGGCGCUUGGGCGCGUGGCGUCGUUCGAGGGUGCCGAGCCGUCGCCGCUGGCCGGUCUUUCCGCAGAUGACUCGCUCGGCGAAGCCGGCCCGUCGGUGGCGCCGCCCGGAGACCGCAGUCUGCAAGCACCGCGGCCGUUCGUCUGCGGGGUAUGCGGCCAGACGUACUCGCGCCGCGACACGCUCAGUCACCACCUGCACAGCCACCGGGGCAACACGGCCUGCGGCGUGUGCGGACGCCACUUCGCCACCACCAGCAGCCGCAACCGACACGCGCGGCAGCACCAUCCGAUGGGGGACGGCUACCCGCGCCGCGACUCGCUGCUCCACCACUUGCAGAUCCACCGCGGCAACACGCGCUGCCCGUUCUGCCAGCGCGUGUUCGGCACCACCAGCAGCCGCAACCGGCAUAUGCCUGACCGGCCGCCGCUCUCGGCCCUGGACUCGGACGGCCGGCUAUGCUGCACGCUCUGCGGGCGCUCCUACCGCACGCGCGACUCGUUCCGCCACCACGUCGAGACGCACGCUGGCAAGACGGACUGCCCGCACUGCGGCCAGACGUUCGCCACGGCCAGCAACCCCACUCCGCUGCAGCUGUCGGUCCUGGACCGGGUCGGCCGUCUCAUCUGCACGAUCUGCGGCCGCUCCUACCUCACGCGCGACUCGUUCCGCCACCACGUCGAGACGCACGCCGGCAAGACGAACUGCCCGCACUGCGGCCAGACGUUCGCCACGCGCAGCAGCCGCAACCGUCACGCGGCCAGCUGCCUCCAACAACGCGUCGAUCCGCGGGCGCCCCGCCGGCGGCCGAAGCCGUCGCCGGCGUUCGGCCGCCAGGACCGGCCGCUCGUGUGCCCGCGCUGCGGUCGCUCCUACGCCAGCCGCGACUCGCUGCGCCACCACCUGGAGACGCACGAGGGCCGCACGCUCUGCGCCCACUGCGGCAAGCGCUUCGCCACCAUCAGCAGCAGGAACUACCACCUGCGCAGCGUGCACGGCGAGGCGACGUCGGGCGGACAGCGAGCGCCGCGAGGAACGCUCGGCGGCCCGGACAGUCCCGGCGGUCGGCUCGGGUCCGACUCGGGCAUGGAGGUCGUCUUCACCGAUCCGGCGAUUUCCGGUCACUGGCGCUCUCCCGACGGUCCCGCCACCGCCUCCUUCGCUUGCUCUCACUGCCCGGCGACCUACUCAAACCGCAAGUCGCUCGUUAAUCACCUGGCCUGCCAUGGCGGCAAAACAGGUUGCAACGUUUGUGGCAAGGUGUUCAGCACGGUCAGCAGCAAGAACAGACACAUGCUGGUGCACCGGCAGCCCGAGGAGAGCGUGCGGGAGGUGUUAGUGCCGCCCGGUCUGCCCAAGUGA